UUCACAGAACAGAGACUUAAACAGCAGCUGGGAAAAAUCAGGUCCAAUGUUGACAAGUUCCAGAGAGACCUGCAAGAUGUAAAACCGUCUCCAGAGUUUGUUGAAAAGCUCAAAGAGAUUAUGGAGGAAAUUGAGAAUUCUAUGAUGACCUUCAAAGAACUGCAAAGAAAAGUCUAUGAUGACCUGUUACGCGAAGAGCGCACAUCCCUACAGGAAGUGACGGCAAUGGAGAAAAAGUUUGAAUCUUGGUCUCAGCUGCCAGCACCUGCAACUGCUGCAGCUGAUGUAAAGAAGGCAGCUGGAGCAGUAACAGUUUCACUUCCCCCAGCAGUAGCAGCAUUUGAGAGGUUCUUGGCCCAAACUGGUGGACAUAGUGGAGGAUGGGAUGACUAUGAUCAUCAACUCUUCCUUAAACUGAAGAGCAAGCACAAGAACCAUGAAGUGUUCAUGCGAGCAGCAGGAUCAGGAAUUCCUGGAAGAACUGUUGAUGAUGUGCGACAACACGAUGAGUGGUACAGUGAGUACUUGAUACUGAAAGACAGUAAAAAGAAAGCUAUCCAGGAAUGGAAGGACGACAAAGAGGCAAAGAAAAACGAGAUGUUAAAUGAUGAUGGUGAUGAUUUAGAGGAGGAGGAAAGAAUGAAGAGGAAAAGAGAAGAACAAAUAGAAAAAGAGAGAGAAGAAAGGCUCAAACAUCUCAAUGAAUGGAAGGUUCAGAGAGAAUUAGAGAAGGCAAAGGCAGAAGAAGCGCGCCUCAGGCAAGGAUUGAAUAAAGCAAAGGAAAAAGAAAGAGAAGAAAAGAAACGGUUGGAGAUAAAAGCUCAAGUGGAGGAGUAUGCCAGACAGAGAUCGGAAGAACAGGCAAUUUUAAAUGCAGCAAGGCAAGCUAGACAGGAACAAGAAAAAUUGGCCAAAAAAAUAACAGCAGAAGAAGCUGCAAAAAUACAAGAAAGAAGUCAAAAGAUGUUGGAUGAAAAACAAGCCAAGAAGAAAGUGAAGGAGGUAGAGAAAAUGGAGAAAGAAAAACGACUUCAGAAACUGAAAAGACAGGUUGAAGUUAACGUUUCACGUGACCCAUCUCGACUUUAUAAGCUCACUACGGGCUGGGAGCAGAGGAAAAAAGUUGGGCCUGGGGCAAGUGGUUCAGGACCCACCCUUCAUAUGCCACACAGGGCGGUUCCGUCAUGGCGGCAAGGCUUGUCAUAACUGUUACUGUACACAGCAUUCGUCGCCUUCGGACUCUCACUUCACUUGUGACUUUUCCGUGGAAUAUUCAACUCUUUUAGAUCAAUAUCAAAAUUGUGCUUCCCUGACCUGGCGUGUUUUCUGUAAUUCUCUUUGGAACAGUGUUUUUAAUACAAGAAUUUUCCUCUUCAUUCUCACAACCUGUGCGCUCGCAUUCAGUACGAUAUGGUGAGGAGGAGACGCAAGUUAACUAUCACUGCUGUUAGUCUCUUUCACGCCUCAUAUAUCUCUUUGGUCUCUCCUGGGUCGCAAAGAGAUCUGGGUAGGAGGUUCACUGUGUGGUGAGGUGGGAUGUGGAAAGAAAUAUUUGAUAGUGAAUAAUUUAUCAAAGACCUGUACAUAAAUUAUACAGCUGCGAGCAGAACUGUGUUUCACCACUCGUGCAAUAACAAAGAAGAAAGCAAGAGAAUAAAUACUGUACAGCUUUAAAUCGAAAAUGUGUACAUAAAGUAUUUAUUAUUCCA